GGGCUUGCAGCUCAGUUUGCCUUCCAUCUCAGCAGAGACUUUGGACUUGGACUUUUCAGUAGUGCUGAAACUGUCAGGACUCUGUCAACUCUUGGCGAUGGACUAAAUGCCUUUUACAUAAAGGCAGAGAAACCAGCAAGGGCAAAGGCUGAAGUAAGGCCACAUCAUGCCUGACAUGUUGGAGUACCCGCAAGGUGACCAGUGCUGUUCGAAUGGAGAAGGAAAAGUGGAAGGGCCUGAGACCCCAGGAGCAAGAGGGGAGCAGAUCGUAUAAGGCCUAGUAGGCUGUGCCCAGCCUCGGCUCUUCAUGAAUGAGGGCCUGAGGACAUGGCCAGAAAGGCUCUCAAGCUUGCUUCAUGGACCAGCCUUGCUCUUGCUGCCUCUGGGAGUUACCUCUACAGCAACAAGUACUUGGACCCUAAUGAUUUUGGUGCUGUCAGGGUGGGCAGAGCAGUUGCUACGACAGCUGCCAUCAGUUACGACUACUUCACCUCCCUGAGGAGUAUCCCAUAUGGCUCAGAGGAGUACUUGCAGCUUCGAUCGAAGGUGCAUCUCCGCUCUGCCCGGCGUCUCUGUGAGCUCUGCUGUGCCAACCGGGGAACCUUCAUCAAGGUGGGCCAGCACCUGGGGGCUCUGGACUACCUGCUGCCAGAGGAGUACACGAGCACGCUGAAGGUGCUGCAUAGCCAGGCCCCGCAGAGCAGCAUGCAGGAGGUCCGCCAGGUCAUUCGUGAAGACCUGGGCAAGGAGCUCCACGAUUUGUUUUUGAGCUUUGACGACACCCCUCUGGGAGCAGCCUCCCUGGCCCAGGUCCACAAGGCGGUGCUGCAUGAUGGGCGGACGGUGGCUGUGAAGGUCCAGCACCCGAAGGUGCAGGCACAGAGCUCAAAGGACAUUCUCCUGAUGGAGGUGCUUGUUUUGGCUGUGAAGCAGCUAUUCCCAGAGUUUGAGUUUAUGUGGCUGGUGGACGAAGCUAAGAAGAACCUGCCUUUGGAGCUGGACUUCCUCAACGAAGGGAGGAAUGCUGAGAAAGUGGCCCAAAUGCUCCAGCACUUUGACUUCCUAAAGGUCCCCCGAAUCUACUGGGAGUUGUCCACCAAGCGGGUGCUGCUGAUGGAGUUUGUGGAGGGCGGGCAAGUCAAUGACAGGGACUACAUGGAGAGGAACAAGAUCGAUGUCAAUGAGAUCUCCCGCCACCUGGGCAAGAUGUACAGUGAGAUGAUCUUUGUCAAUGGCUUUGUGCACUGUGAUCCCCACCCGGGCAAUGUGUUGGUGCGGAAGCAUCCCGGCACAGGCAAAGUAGAGAUUAUUCUGUUGGACCAUGGACUCUACCAGGUGCUCACGGAAGCGUUCCGCCUCGAUUACUGCCACCUGUGGCAGUCUCUGAUCUGGACCGACAUGGAGAAGGUGAAGAUGUACAGCCAGUGCCUGGGGGCCGGAGAGCUCUACCCCUUGUUUGCCUGCAUGCUGACAGCCCGGUCGUGGGUCUCUGUCAACAGGGGCAUCAGCCAUGCCCCAGUCACCGCCGCUGAGGAUUCAGAGAUCCGCAACAAUGCGGCCAACUACCUGCCCCAGAUCAGCCAGCUCCUCAACCAUAUACCGCGCCAAAUGCUGCUCAUCCUCAAGACCAACGACCUGUUGCGUAGCAUCGAGGCCAGCCUGGGCACCCGUGCCAGUGCCAGCUCUUUCCUCAACAUGUCACGGUGCUGCAUCAGAGCACUGGCUGAGCACAAGAAGAAGACGACUGGUUCAUUCUUCAGAAGGACCCAGAUCUCUUUCAGCGAAGCCUUUAGUUUGUGGCAGAUCACCAUUUAUGAACUCAUUCUGCGUGUGAAGGGGCUGAGGCUGACCAGCUGGGUCUCAACCCUGCUUUGCUGGCUCUUUCCUGCCCCACACUGAGUGGUUGGCUAUGCCCUACCCUUUUCUGGUGUUUUUUCGUAUGUCCUUCAUUCCAUGUCUCUACCCUGUGCCCUCAUUUCUGUCCUUUGAUGAUCUGCAGUCUCGGGGUCGUUGUCCAUGCACCAGCAUGCUCCACCUUUGGAACUACUUCUCAUGCUGCAGCCCUUGUCUCAGGGUCUACACGCUGUGCCAUAGAAUAGGCUUUUCUCCUUCAGGGAGAAGUUUCAGCAGCUGAUGUCACUCCCAUUUCCAUUAACCACUUCUGUUGUCAGUAUAGGCCAUGUAUGCUACUGAGGGCACAUUUAAGUAGCAGGAAGUUUGAUUUUGUUGGAGGUGAGCAUUGUCUCUGAAGCUGCUAUAAGACACGCUCUCCUUGUCAUGUCCCUUCCCACAUCUCACCCCUGAGUGAGGCAGUUCACCAUCUGAGGGCAGAUUCUGAGCAGCUGUGUGCUCACUGCUGUCAUGGUGAUCUCUUUGGUAUUAUUUGUAUUGUAUUUCAAUAAAUCUUCUUCAACUUUAAGGGUCUGUCCAUCCUGACUCGCUUGACUCCUGACUCACCCCAGCCACAUACCUACCGUGGCCCUUGCCAAGGGUGCACAGCACCUCUUGAUUGCUAUUUCUGUGGGAUUUCCCAGGGAAUCCAAGGGGAAUAAGGCCAGAGCUUGGGUGGUGGGAUUUCUAUUCAAGGUUGGAAGCAAAUCCAUACCAGCCAGUAGUGGAUCUGAGCACUGGUUACCAAGAGGAUCUGCUCCUUGGCUCCUUGCCCUUGUAAUCCUUCCAAGCAGCAGGAAUUCUUCCACUGCAGGACCGCUUCUUGGAGACUUAGCUUCCCUUCUCUGGAAACUUGACUGGAAGAAGCCCAGGGCUGGGAGCUUAGAGGCUGACUUUGUUUUUUCCCCUUCCAACCUCAUUUCCUGUGAACUAGAUACCUGCAUUUUUCUCCUCAUCAUUUCUUGACUUACCCUUCUGGUUCUUAGUUGAUGGCUCCAGUUCCAUUCUGGGAUUCCACUGGGUCUUCUCAGUCCUCCUGGAGGCCGUAUUCCUCUUGCUGGUCACUGCAGCAGGGUUGUGCCUGUUCGAAUUGUUUUCAUCUAUUGCAUUGCAGGCCCCUGCUCCCCCAUCCAUGUUCUCUGUUCCUGCUUCUGGGACACCCCCAAAUUCCUGCUCUAACUCCUAUAUCCAUGUGGUCUCCAGGUCCCUGAGACCCCAUUUUGGGCGGGUCCUAGCUCUCCGAACACCCAUGCUCCCAAAUGGUAAUCGUAUUUGAAUCUCUCUGAUCUUGUUCCACCCCAUCCACAGGGGCAGAAAACCCUGAAUCUGAGCCUCAUUUUCUGUUCUCUUUAUUCAUAAUACAACAACUAGAUUUUCUAGUGGUCAGAAAUGAUUUGCCAUUCUUUUGUUUCCUGCAAGAGUUACUUGUUCUUAGUGACCAGUUAGAUGUGCCCAGAGACCUGCAAGAACAAUUUGCAAGAUCUGUUAUUAAUCAUGAGGAUGCAUGGUGCAUAUUAUAUUUUAUGGUGUCUUUUACAGCUGCUGAAGUAAAUGUGAAUGUCUUUUCUGUUCACUUUUGGUGUGAUGCUUGGCUUCCUUUGCACUGGGAUCUAAAACAUCAGCGUGUUGCCAGUGAGCCCAGCACCCAGAACAUUUAUCCAGGUAGAGCAGAGAGGCAAGGAGAGUUGGAAGUACAGGACAGCUUGAAAGUAGGAAGGGAGUAGGUUGAUUUUUACUGAAUGCCUUUCACAAAGCUGUCUCAUCAGCUCUCUGAGGGAGGGGUCAUUAGUCUCAUCUUAUAGAUGUGGGAACCUAGGCUCAGAGAGGUUUAGUAGUUUGCCUGUGGUCACACAGCUACUGAGUGGUAUUCCCUGCUUUGUUUUUGAUUCCACAGUGCCAAGAUAAGGGUUAUACUUGAUCCUAGGGCUACCUUAUGUGCUUGAGUUGUGCAACCUCUCAAAUAUGGGCCCUGCACCUAGAUGUCCAGCACUGACUUUUCCUGGCUUACAGAAGAUGCUCAAUAAAUGCACAAACAUCAAGAGUCCUGGCAUACUUUGAGAUUUUCCCGGAUGAUAUAAUCUGUGCAUUUGAGAAGCUACACAUGCUUUCGUCCUGCAGUAGGUGAUGCUUUGCUGGUUAAUUUUAGGAGUAUUGCUUGGUCACUGCGGGAUCAGAAAUGGGCUAUCACAGCUCUGCAGGCUGCCUGGGGCCUUCCUGCCACUGCCGCAGAGCUUGCAAAAUGUAGCUAACAACAAAAGUGGCUCUAAGAGGCACCCACGCAGACCCUGGGGGGCAGAACUGAUGGGUUUGGAAUAACCCUUGUGUGGGCAGAUGUGAAGAGAGUGAUGUCUGGGCCGGGUGGUCAUGACGAAAGGGGUAGCACGAGCAGGAGCUGGGGUUGUAAGUGGGGAGCUGAUGACCCACAGGGUCUUCACUGAUGGGAGUAACAAAAGCAGAGCAGCACUGGCAGAGCCAUGUUGCUUGCUGGGUUGGGGGAGAGGGCUUAUGUUGAACAGAGGCCUUGUAUAGCUGGUGGCCUGGUGCCAUUACUCGGAGUCACUGUACUCCCGGUCAAGUGGAGCUGUGGGAAAGCCCCAUGCUGCAAGCUUUAAUUCUGCAAAAGUCUUGGUAGAAGCCAAGCUUGGUAAAGACCUAUUCGGUCCAAAGCCUCCCACUCCAGCAUCCCUUUUUUCUUUUCCUCCUCCCAUUUCCCAUCCUUCC